AUGUCACGUAAAGAUAAAGAUGCGCCUACCUUUUCACCUAGUCGUCAACUUAUUAUGUUAGAAGCUAAACGUAAUGCUUUAUUUCAACGAAUACAAAGUAUUUACGAUAAGUCGAAGUCGGCUACGGAAUCGGAAGAAAAAAGACGUAUGUUUCUUAGUUCAUGUAUAACCAUCGAUGACGUUCGUAAUAAGUUUCAAGAUGUACUUGAUGAAUAUAAUAGUAGGAUGCUUGAUGAGAAUCCUUCUGCCGUACCUAAUUUUCAUGUAUAUGACUCAUUUGAAGAUUUGUUUUGUUCAAUUAAACAGACAUUUUCUGAUCUUUCUUCUGCGCCCACGGGUGGGAAUUCGUGUGGGAUAGAUGCACCUGUAUCUAGGCCCAGGCUCCCCCCCCUGGAAUUAGUCUCCUUCAGCGGCAAUUAUCAAGAUUGGAAUUUAUUUUACGCUAGUUACAAAUCUACUGUCCAUGACAACUCCUCACUUACAAACUCAGAAAAACUGUAUUAUUUACUGGGUAAGUUAUCACCCAAAGUACAAUCGGUAUUUGCAGGUAUUACACCCUGCGCCGAAAACUAUGAAAUUAUAUUUAAGUCUCUGCUUGAUAAGUAUCAAGAUAUUCACGUUCUCGGUUCUAAUUACUUAGACCAGAUUUUAAAUCUUAAAUUAGGCAAAAUGCCUUCCGCCGCAAGUUUUCAAUUAUUUAUAGAUAAGUAUGUCACCGCCGCUAUGUCAUUAAAGGGCUUAGGUAUAAAACAAUUAUCUGAUUUCAUUUUAUUAUAUAUUGCAAAACGUAAAUUCGAUUCAGAAACAUUACGCGCGUUCGAAUUACACUCUUCUAUAACAAAAUCACGUGAUUUUGACGGAUUUAUUAAUUUUAUAAAAACGCAAUGCCGCAUAUAUGAAAAUACACAACCCGCGCCCGCCACCAGUACAGAGUCAAAUAAAUACCGCCCGCCUACUAAUAAAUACCGCCCGCCUGCUAAGUACCCGGACCCGCAGUCUUAUGUUUCAAGUGUAACACCUAUAAAAUGUUCACUUUGCAAUAGUAAUAUGCAUGAUCAUUUUUAUAAAUGUAGUGCAUUCGAAAAAUUGUCACCUCUCGAUCGUUAUAAACAUAUUAAAGCUAACAAUUCAUGCGUAAAUUGUUUAAGUACCAAGCAUAAGUCCGGUGUUUGUACAUCAAAAUCUUCGUGUCGUGCAUGUCAAAAGCGCCAUCAUUCUUUGCUACAUUUUGUUACGGAUCGGGGCUCGCUGCCCGCGCGCGAUGCGCCCGCGCCCCGUAGUAGCAUGGCCUCACCCCCGCUCCCGUCACACAGUGGCGAGGCCGUGGCCAAGCAGAGUGGCCUGUCACUUUGCGCGCUCAGUAACAAAACUGUGCUACUAGCAACUGCACGCGUUAUUGUGUAUGACGCAUUAGGUAAACAACACUUAGUUCGAUGUUUAUUGGACAGUGCGUCCCAAAGUAAUUUUAUUACUGAUGAAUGUUGUGACCGCUUAGGUUUAUUAAAUGAAUUAAAAUAUUCAUCUACGAUGGUAAAGGGUAUUGGUGGCUCACAAAAAAACGUUAAGGUUUCAGUAGAAUUUAAUAUAUUUUCUCGUUUUAAUUUUAAUGUUCACUUUAAUAUUUCCGCGCUUGUUGUUGACCGUAUUACGGACAGUUUGCCUUCCGUUCCUGUCAAUACCGCCGCAUUUUCACACAUUAAAAACCUACCGCUGGCAGACGGCGAGUUUGCCAUUCCUAGUAAUAUAGACGUACUUAUAGGUAGUUCUAUAUUCCCGCACUUGCUAUUGCCGGGUAUUGUGCAUAGCAAGCAUCGUAAUAUUCCGCCUGCGAUACAAACCGUAUUAGGGUUUGUAAUCAUGGGUUCCGUACCCACUUUUAAUUCCGCAUCGCCUAAUUCCGCAUUAUUAAAUACCGCAUAUACAACGUCAUGUUGUUCCGUGAUUCAUGAUCGUAUGGACACUCUCUUCCAAAGUUUUUGGGAAUUGGAGGAGAUAACCGCGCCGCCCGCUCAGAGUGCCGAUGAUCUCGAGUGUGAACAUUAUUUUCGCGCCACCACUACUCGUGAUGAUAGUGGUAGAUAUAUCGUAUCCCUGCCGUUUCGAGAGGACGUGUUCUCCUUAGGUGACUCUUUCGCUGCCGCACAUAGACGUUACUUAUGUCUAGAACGUAAGUUGGAAGCGUCACCUCAUUUUCGUUUUUCUUAUAACGAAGUAAUUCGCGCAUAUAUUGAUAAGGGCUAUUUAAGUCCAGUUAAAUCGCAUCAAGACAAUUCACUUAUACCCUCGUACUACAUUCCACAUCACGGAGUGCUACGAGAGGAUAAGGUCACCACUAAAUUGCGCGUGGUUUUAGAUGCCAGUUGUAAAACGACAUCUGGUCGUUCGUUAAAUGAUAUAUUGCAUAGUGGUACCAACCUACAGGUGGACGAGCAGCUCCCGCGACGUGCUUGCUCACAUCCCGGAUACACACAAACCCUCAGUGACAAAUCAUUCGAUAAUUCCACCCCGCACAAGAUCUUAGGUCUAUUUUGGGAUAACUCUAAUGAUUCUUUUAAGUUCAAGGUAAUCACGCCAGACGCUAUAUGUACUAAGCGCGCUAUUCUCUCCGCUGUUGCCCGUUUAUGGGACAUUUUAGGUUUCGUGGCUCCCGCUAUUUUGUACGCCAAGCUCCUUAUUAAGGAACUCUGGUUGUUGAAAUGUGAUUGGGAUGCUCAACCCCCGCAUCAUAUCAUCGCAGCCUGGAGACAGUUCUGUUUAGAACUGCCCUCGCUUAAUAGGCUUCGCAUACCGCGACACCUAGGUGUGGUUGAGGAUUGUCAAUUGAAUAUUUUAGGAUUUGCUGACGCUAGUGAACGUGCUUAUGGCGGUGUAGUCUACCUACACAUUCAGGUUGAUAAUAAAUAUUUUGUUCAAUUAUUAUGCGCCAAGUCAAAGGUCUCGCCUGUAAAAAUUGUAUCCAUCGCGAGAUUAGAAUUGUGCGCAGCCGUAUUACUCGCAAAACUACUUCGUAAGGUUGUUGAUACUAUCGCACCACGGUAUCCUGUGAAUAAUAUAUACGCCUUUAGUGAUUCAAAGGUGGCUCUUUGUUGGAUCCACUCUUCUCCGCACCGCUGGCAAACUUUCGUUGCCAAUCGGGUAGUACAAAUUAUCGAUAACGUCCCGGCAGACUGUUUCUAUCACGUUGCUGGUUCCGAUAAUCCUGCAGACUGCCUGUCUCGUGGACUCACACCAGACAAGCUAGUAAACCAUCCGCUAUGGUACACCGGACCUUCAUGGGUAUUAAGUAACCGGCCGAGUGGCCACUUGCUGUUAAUCACGACUUAUCGAAUGAAGACAUUCCCGAACAACGGACUGUUAUACACACAUUAA